AUGAAAAAGGCCUAUGUUAAUGCAAUAUCUGGUAGUACAAAAUUAAUUGAGGGUUCUGGAAAAGCGACCUUCUUACUACCUGGAGGAACAAUAUUGGCCAUUAAUAAUGCAUUGUAUUGUAGCAACUCUCAAAGAAACUUAUUAAGUUUCAAGGUUAUUCGCCAAAAUGGAUAUCAUGUUGAGACUGCCAAUGAAGGACAUGUUGAGUACCUUUAUAUUAUUACAAUGAAAGCGGGGGAAAAGUUUGUGCAUGAAAAAUUACCCGCACUUUCUUCUGGGUUGUACCAUACAAGUAUUGGUGAGGUUGAAACAUAUGUUGUAGUAAACAAAAGAUUUAAUGGUUCUAAUGAUUUUAUCAUUUGGCAUGACCCGUUGGGCCAUCCCGGUUCUAAUAUGAUGUGUAAAAUAAUUAAGAAUUCACAUGGGCAUACUUUGAAGAACCAAAAGAUUGUUCAAUUUAAGGAAUUCUCUUGUACUGCUUGUUCUCAAGGAAAAUUAGUUAUCAAACCAUCAGCAACUAUGGUUGGGAUUGAAUCCCCCGCAUUUCUGGAACGUAUACAGGAUAAUGCGAUAAAGAAAAUUCAUCUUGAUAAUGCUGAUGAGUUUACAUCUCAGGCCUUUAAUGAUUAUUGUAUAGCCACUGGAAUAACAGUUGAACAUCCGGUUGCUCAUGUUCAUACUCAAAAUGGUCUAGCAGAAUCAAUUAUUAAACGCCUACAAUUGAUAGCUAGACCAUUGCUAAUGAGGACAAAACUUCCUGUUUCGGUAUGGGGACAUGCUAUUUUGCAUGCAGCAACACUUGUGCGCAUAAGGCCAACCAGUUAUCAUGAAUUCUCCCCAUUACAAUUGGCUUUUGGUCAGGAGCCAAAUAUUUCCCAUCUUCGAAUUUUUGGAUGUGCGGCAUAUGUUCCAAUUACUCCAUCACAAAGCACAAAGAUGGGUCCCCAAAGAAGGUUAGGGAUAUAUGUUGGGUAUGAAUCUCCUUCAAUUUUAAAAUAUUUAGAACCGAUGACGGGACAUUUAUUUAUAGCAAGAUUUGCUGAUUGUCAUUUUGAUGAAUUAGUAUACCCAACAUUAGGGGGAGAACAUAAGCAGUUGGAAAAGGAGAUAGAUUGGGAUGUGUUAUCACUAUCUCAUUUAGAUCCUCGAACAAAUCAAUGUGAGCAAGAGGUUCAAAAGAUGAUUUAUUUGCAAAAUGUCACAAAUCAACUGCCAGAUACAUUUACUAACCUUCCAAGAGUUACUAAAUCUCAUAUUCCAGCUGCAAAUGCCCCAGUUCGAGUUGAUGUCCCGAUAGGACAAACAGUUAAUGCAAAUGAGUCCAGGUCAUGUCUGAAACGUGGUAGACCAAUCGUUCAUGAAAAGCUUGAUAUGCUAUUGAUGGAUGUUGUCACAGCCUAUUUACAUGGCUCAUUGGACCACAAUACUUUUAUGAAAAUCCCUGAAGGAUUCAAAGUGCCUGAAGCAUACAAAAGUUCGCGGGAAACUUGUUCAAUAAAGCUUCAGAAAUCUUUAUAUGGAUUGAAACAAUCAGAGCGGAUGUGGUACAAUCGUCUCAGUGAAUAUUUGCUAAAGGAAGGAUAUGAAAAUGAUCCUAUUUGUCCUUGUGUUUUUAUAAGAAGGUCUGGGUCUGAAUUUGUCAUAAUAUCUGUGUAUGUUGAUGACUUGAAUAUCAUUGGCACUCCUAAAGAGCUUUCAAAAUUUGUAGAGUGUUUGAAGAAAGAAUUUGAAAUGAAAUAUCUAGGUAAGACAAUUUUAUCUUGGCCUAAAAAUUGA